UUCGUAAAUGUUCUAUUUUGCAUUGUAAGAGCACAAGCCACAGAGAAAGCCCGGUUCAGCCAUCCUCCUUGCUCUCUUCUUUGUUUCUUCGACGGAGAGUUGUUAUUUCCAUCUUCCAGUUGCAGAAACUCUGAAAAAGCUCGAAGUUUAAGCAUGGGAGAUUCCAGGGAGGCAUCUCCUGAUUGGUUGCGUACUUUUCAGGCUCCUUCUCAAUCUAUUACGACUUUGUCAUCUGAUGGUUCUGAGCCUUCUGGUGACAAAAGCCCUGCGAAAGAUGAUAGCAUUGAUUGUCAAAGAGAUGUGGAGAAUAGAACAUCAAACUUAUUGGAAGUAGAUGGGGAAGAAGAAGAGAAAAUCUGCGAUAUUGCCAAGAAGUCGCCCAGUAAGAAGACAGCUAAGAAGCGAUUAAAAGUUGGCGAUGUAACACCUGCGAAAAGGAAAAAAUCAGAAAAACUCGAGAAAAUAGGGAGUGAAGAUGAUGAGAAUGUUAAGAGGGAAGAAUUUUCUGAUAAGUCGAUGGAAACUCCUGUAACUGCACCAAAUCAUUCAAUUUGUGAACUGUCAUCAGAUUCUGAAACCAAAUCAGAUGCAACCAUAAGGAAAAUAGAAGAGAAAAUUGAUAAUGAAGAGUCUGCACCCAGGAGUGCAGUGAAGAGAAAAUCUCCAAAGAAACGGGUGAAACAGGAAGAUGAUGCGACAGAGAAGAAAACUAAUGAGCCUGCGAAAAUAGAAGGCGAGGUUGAAAAUAUAGAUGUUGCAGAGGAAGUCAAACCUGAGAAGCAAUCUGAACCUGCUGUUAGCUCCUCUACAAUGCCUUUGGUACUGCCUGAGAAAGUACAACGCACUAAGGCACUAGUUGAGUGUGAAGGUGAAUCAAUUGAUUUGAGUGGUGAUAUGGGUGCUGUUGGGAGGGUAAUAAUCUCAGAGACUCCAUCGAAAGAAUCUGAAAUGUUUCUAGAUUUGAAAGGAACCAUUUACAAAACCAUAAUAGUUCCUUCAAGGACAUUUUGUGUGGUGAGCAUUGGUCAGUCUGAGGCCAAGAUAGAGGCCAUCAUGAAUGAUUUUAUUCAGCUGAAACCUCAAUCAAACGUGUAUAAUGCUGAGACUAUGGUUGAAGGAACACUAGAAGGGUUCACCUUUGAGUCUGAUGAUGAAGCUGAUAAGAUGACCAAGGAUGUUAAAGGUGAUCAGAGUGAAGGUGCUGAAGAGAAACCCACCAAGAAAGCUAAAGGAAAAGCUGAAAAAAAACCGGUUGCAACGAAAAGGAAGGGGAAAGAUGUAGGAGGCAAGCAGACUAAGAAAAGGAAACCUCAAGCACCAAAGAAAGGCAAGGCUAAGAAGUAAAAAAUAAGAAUUGUUUUUCUGGCUAUAGAUUGUACACCACCAGUCCAUAAACUUGUAGCUAC